GCUUUUUCCUUAGUUCCACCCCUUGCAGGACCCAGACUGACAUUUUGGUAACCAAGCUCCUACGAACCUGAUUGAUGGUUUCUGACUGUGGGAGCUGCAGCCUCUUUGUUUGGAGAGGGUGCGGUUGGGCUGUUUGGACCUAUUGCCGCCGCCGCCGCUGCUGGGGGGACGCGUAAAGGGGAACCCGACUUCAUUUAUCCUCGCUGAGCUGCAUUCAUGCAAAGACACAGAGGCUGCGCCCCGCCCUUUUGAUGUGGAACAAGGGUGGCUGGCCGGACUCCUCUCACCCUGAGCUCAUUUAAGCACUAAGUGUCACCACUGACACCUGUCCACCUACAGGUUCGGUGGUGGUUUAAGUUCACUCGCUGUACGGAUAAAUUGCCAAGUUCCACGCGGCCGCAGGAUACGGACACAACACUUUGUCCGCCCCUGCUUACUUCCGGUCUGCUUUGCUCUCUUACGCACUACUGUCGUGACACAGCGUUACCGUGGUUACAAAUAACAGAUAUCCGACAUUGAACACUCCAACUUUCUUGACAGUCCCAGUAUCCGGCCACUGUCAACAGAGAGACCGGCUGGAGUCUCUCAACGCGUCCGGGAUCACCCGCCUCCAGGAGAGCGCACAGCAGUCGUCCAUGUGUUGCGCGCUCCACUCCUAUUUGAGCAGAAUUUGCAAGCUACGUACUUGGAAGUAAAUAUCAUCAGACUACAAGCUCUUGUAGAUUUUACUGUGUAUUUUCUGGUCAUUAUGCAGGAUAAAGGCACAUUUAUCAGCCCUAUUCCCAGACCGCGAUGUCUGGCGGCAGCGGCGCCAGCGGGGAAAGCGAAAUUAACUCACCCGGGAAAGGCGAUUCUGGCAGGUGGAAUUGCAGGGGGCAUAGAGAUCUGCAUCACCUUCCCCACCGAGUAUGUCAAGACUCAGCUGCAACUGGAUGAGAAGGCCAAUCCACCCAAAUACAGAGGAAUAGGUGACUGUGUGAAACAGACGGUACAGGGUCACGGUGUCAAAGGACUGUACAGAGGACUGAGCUCAUUACUGUAUGGAUCCAUACCCAAAUCUGCAGUCAGGUUUGGGGUGUUCGAGUUCCUCAGCAAUCGUGCAAAGGAUGAGUCCGGUCGACUGGACAGCACCAGAGGCCUGCUGUGUGGGCUUGGAGCCGGGGUGAUGGAGGCUGUUUUGGUGGUCUGUCCCAUGGAAACUGUCAAAGUUAAAUUCAUUCAUGACCAGACUUCAGCCAACCCCAAAUACAAGGGCUUUUUCCAUGGAGUAAGACACAUCAUCAAGGCAGAAGGAUUAAAAGGGACAUACCAGGGUCUCACUGCCACAGUUCUUAAACAAGGCUCCAAUCAAGCUAUUCGAUUCUUUGUGAUGACCUAUCUCAAGAACUGGUACAAAGGCGAUAACCCCAAUAAAGCUAUUAAUCCCUUGGUGACUGGAACCUUUGGAGCCAUAGCUGGAGCAGCCAGUGUCUUUGGAAACACCCCACUAGAUGUCAUCAAGACAAGGAUGCAGGGUCUGGAAGCCCACAAAUAUAAAAGCACACUGGACUGUGCCUUAAAGAUUCUGAGAAAUGAGGGAUUGGCAGCUUUCUAUAAAGGGACAGUUCCUCGGCUCGGCCGUGUGUGUCUGGAUGUGGCCAUAGUUUUCAUUAUCUAUGAGGAGGUUGUGAAGGUCCUGAAUACUGCCUGGAAGACGGAUUGAGCUGCUGGAUGUAUAGAGAGGCAUCCUGCUUCCCAGGCAUCAGACACAGAUCUGAGUUUCACAGACCUCUUCAGUAUCAUAAAACCAGCUGCAGACGAGAUGAGACGGAGAGAGCUGAACUUAGAUCAGUGUCAUAUGCUACCCAGGAAGCUAAAGAGCUCAGACAGGAGCUGCAGAGAACAAUCAAAGCCUGAAAUGUUGCUCAGUGUCGCCCACAUCUGGACAACUAGAGUGUAUGCAGCUCAGCAUCAAGACACCUGACAAGACCAAGGGUCAAUUUCACAAAAUGUGAUUAUAAAGAUAGCCAAAUAAUUGUGAAAAAAAGAUGCUUGAUCCUAGAAAUAUGUCUGUUUCAAAAUGUGAAACAAAACCUGAAUAUUUUAACAACAUGAUUCCUUUAAACAUGUUGACGACUGCUUAUACACAAAAUGUUUGCAUAAAGUUAUCUGGUUUAUAGUCAUUCACAGCUCUCAGACUGCAGCUGGUUGCAGUUUACAUUCACACAAACUACAGUAACUUCCAAAACUAAGCCUUUAUGAGAAUUAUUUUACAUUUGUAAUAUGCUAAUUAUUUUUUAUACAAUGCAGAUUCAAAUUUAGUUCAGCGUUAUAGUUUCUCUGUAAAGUGUGAUAUUUUAUUUCUGUGCCAAAUGCAAAACCUGUUAUUCUAUGAAAGUGUGUUCAGCAUAAGAACAUGCAAAAGUACCUAAUAUUGAGCAAAUAUUAUGACUCAUAUUGUACUUUAUAGAUGUAUGUGUUGAAUAUCUAGAUGGUUGAGAGACUAUUUGCUGUUUACUUGUGACACUUGUGUCAAGUUCUUUCCUGUAAUCAGAUGUUUUAUUGCUGUAUUUCACUGUGAGUCUAAAUGACCCAAUGACACUGACAAAGUAACCUCAGACCUCUUUUUCCCCUUCAGUGGAAGUAUUACUGUUCAUCAGGCCAUACCCUUAUACCGGGUUCCUACCACUGGAUGGCUAUUUGUCUUGUGUUUACAUUAGGAGCAGAUUUCAGUCUCUGUGAUUCUCCCAUCUACAUAUGUUCACUCCAACUGAUGAAUGAUCCCCAACCUGGGGUCCAGGACCCCUCCAACAGGUCACAAGAUAAAGCUGACGGGUCACGAGAUAAUUAAUUGGGACGGAAAGAAGAAAAAACACAUUUAUGUUAAUUGUUUCAAGAAAUCUCAAUUUGUAGACACAAAAUGUGCCCUGUGAUAAGGGGUUGCAAGUAGGCACUGCUUCUUUUAUUAUAAAGAGGUCACCCACCAAAAAGUCUGGGAGUCACAAUCUCUUGAAAUCCAUUUCCAGUGUAGUUCUGUUUCGGUGCCAUGUUUCAUUCAGGGUUUGUCUUUACUUCUCACUCAUGUGCCUUUUGCUGUUGUGCUUGUUGCGAAAUGCUACUUGAGAAAUGUUCUAAUCUAUUAUGAACCUAUUAAACUCUUUAAGCAACUCUUUAAGAGAUCUCUGUGGUCCAGGCACAUUUUAUUUUUAUAAUAACAAAUGAGUACAAGAACUGCUCGUCAUCCUUGUGUUGUCACUGAUGGCAUAACGGUCAUAAUCUAUAUCUGUAUUUAUGUCAUCAUCUAUAUCUAAUACUGUAAUAACUAUUAAAGUAUUACAGAUGGAUUAUAUUUAUCUAUUUCUGAAAUAAUGUUCAUAUUUUGUUUUUGUAUUUUUCUCUGUGGCCAAACCAAAUGUUUGUGUUCCCUACUGCCAAAUAGCCAGGAGAACGUGUUAAUGUUAUAGCACAUCAAUGUAUACAUGACUGUGUGUGUAGGCUAUGUGGUUCUGUAUGAAACUUGUGCAAUAAACAAUGUCCCCUCCUUUUGUCUGUGCUUAAAGUCUUUGUUGUUGGGGGAUUUCAGAACUCAUUAAAACAAGCAUCUGAAAACUU